AUUCCAGCCAUCGCAGCAACAGCGGCAGCAACUCCUUCACAAGCGCAAUUGAGCGCUGAAAAGAAAGACUGUUGGGUUGGGAUAGACCAAGAGACCAAGAGCUACUAUCUAGUGUUACUACAGCUAGAGCUAGCCAGAUAGAGACAGAAUGUGUCCUGGAGCUCCAGUACUUCCUGCUAGUGGCAGCAGUGACAGUAUGGAUGGCACUAGCAAGGCCAGUAGCACUGGUAGCAAGCAGAUGCAGAGGAUGAGGAGAAAGAGGACAAUGACUACAACAAGUGCUAGUACAAGUUCUACUAGUAAUUCCACUAGUACUAGUACUAAAGUGUCUGUGAAGAGAGUGCUGAAGAUUCUGAGAUUGACAAUUGGACUUUGCGCUUUUGUUUUGAUGUUUUUGUCACACUUGCAUACUACCACAAGCAAUGGAAACAAUCAGUUGUCCUUUUUGAGAAAACAAAAUUGGAGUGUCAAGCAUCAGCAGAGUCAAAAAGGAAAUCAAGAAAAAGAUGAAAAUGAUCAUCAAAUUUUGUUGCAAAAGCAAAACAUGCUCAUUCAAAAAGAUGCUCAACAGAAUCCACAGUACACUCAAGACCUUCUCAAUCAGCAGUUAGGUCUAGAUCAAAUCUAUGCAGACAAUCAGGAUAUUCAAAUGGACAUUCAAAUGGAUCAUCUACAUCUACCUAUUCAGGAGCAAGAUGGACAAGAUGGAGAUGAAGAUGAAUUUCCUCUAUCAGAUUCUGAUUCUUCUUCACAUUUGCAACACAGACUCUUGGGACAAUCUCAUCUGCAACUUCAGUCAAUUCCUCUUCCUCUCCCCCUCAACAAUCCACACACCCAACAAAUCAAUCCACACAAUAACCUACAAAGACAACUACAACUGCAAACCACUACUACUGGAAAAAGACAAAAACUAUCCAUUCCCUUUUGGGAUCAACAGCGACUGUUCAAGUCCAGAAACUCUUGGAAACUCAUGGUUGCCAUUCUAGCCCAAGAUUGUAUGCCCAAGUACUCUCAGCCUAACAACAAGAAUGCUACUGCACCCAUCAAAUUUCCCACCUUGCUCACACUGCAGGAUGCACUCGAAAACACGAACCAUGCCACACAUGUCAUUCUAUACUUGCCACAAUCACCCAAUUCCACUCUAUUCCCAAACCUAUCCGUAUCCAUGCAGUACAAUCACAAACACUGUCAGGCAAAACUACUCGCCAUGAUUCACACACAAUUCCAAACACACAUUGAAAAUCAACAAUUGCAACUCGUUCAUGGCAUUGUCAAUCCACUCCCCGCACGAAUUGCCUACGAUUAUACACACAAGUUACCCAAUGCAUUCCAACAACUCGAACAAAUGAAAUUGCCACAAGAACAAGUCGCACUCUCGCAAGAAAAAAUUAAAAAACGACUCUCCAUUGGACAACUCAUGCUCGAACAACAAUACUCGCUGGGGCUCGAUUUUGCCUACAUUGCCGAAUUGGCGUAUCGCCAACACGAUGAUUUGCUCUUUUUUCUCACGGCCGGGACACGAUUGACACCCGACAUUCGAAAGCAACAAUCACAAACGCCACAACAACGAGCUCUCGACUAUGGAUUGGCAUUGAUUCAACAAUACGAAAACUUUCAACAACGAUUGUCACACGAUCUUCUCGUUCAUCGAUUCUGUUACAUGUCCUUUCUACAAGAAGAUACAUGGUUCGAGUUACCGCCGCCCAAUGCCACGUCCGAUCAAAUACCACCCCGCUAUCAAGAUAAGUUGCAAUUGCCCACGGGAAUACUCAUGGAACGACAUGGACUCUACCGCAUGUCCAUGAUUUUGAGAUCGUUACUGCCGUAUCACAAGCAUUCCACGGCGGGACUGGUCCAAAAAUACUGUAAUGAUCUACUCUGGCAAGCACAAAUUCUACAACCGGUCGGGGCGGCACAACUCAAUCUCACGACGCUGGAAGAAGCGACAUUUCCGCCCGUCUUGUGGAUCGAUCAAGAUGAUACAUCCGUUCAACCAGAAUUGCCGCAAUACAAAAAUGCCCUGCAGCAAGAACAGCUCCGACAAUUCGAAGCCUACGUGGCGGCCACGGCGUCCUGGACCAUUCCGGAAUGGGUCACCGUCGACAAUCGACAAAUUGGACCGCAACGAGCAGAAGCCGUUCUACCGGCCGAUCUAAUUCAAUUGCCAAAUCAACCGCAAGCAGCACCACCACAACAGCCGAAACGCAAAAUUACCUUUUUGGUACCGACAUCGACACGACCCAAUGGCAUCAAGAAUCUGUACGUGACGCAAAGUCUCAAUCAAUUGUUCCCCUUGAUUCGACGCGAUUUACGAGAUCCCGACACUGGAAAAUUACAAGCGGCCGUCUUGUUGGUGAUUUGUGGCAACACCCAAGAUGAGCUAGAUGAUCAUCAAGAUGGAUUGUGGGAAUACUACGGUCCCGAAAUCAAAGAGGGCAUUCUCGAAAUUGUAUCGACCAACCUCGAGACGUAUCCCAGUCUGCACGAUUUGCCCAACAAUUACAACGACAAUGAAGCGCGGUUGCGAUGGCGGUCCAAACAAAAUUUGGAUAUUUCGUCCAGUUUCUUUGCCGCCAAGGGACGAUCCGAGUACAUUAUGUUGUUGGAAGACGAUACGGGAUAUCGAGACAAGUUCACGCCGACGCUCAAGGCCAUGAUGCAAGCGGAUCAACGACAAGAAGCGGUCUAUGUUCCCGAUCCCAAAGUGACGGGGAUUACUGUCCCUCCGGAACAAGAUUAUUGGCAGCACACGUUUGCGCAAGUGCAUUUUGGAUUUGGGUACAGUGGCGUGUUGAUUCACGAUGACGAUGCGCUGGUCUAUGCCGUGGUGCAUUACGUCUUGAUGGACGAGAAACCCUGCGACCUCAUGUUCUUGGCCAAUCACUUGCAAGGACAAGUGUUGGACCAAAAGUGGCGAUGGCAAAUGAAACGAGUCCUGUUGACCCAUCUGGGAAGUGUCUCCAGUUUGAAGGGAAAAUUCCAACCUGUGUGGGGGAAAAUGGGAUAAAACAAUCUGCUUGUUGCAUGUUCCAUCGAUUGCGGGCAUUUUGUAGUAGCUUUGUAAUCGUGCGUGCGGCCCACCAGAAUGGCUGCAGUCUAAAUACUUCGUUUUUGCAUGAUAGUGCGUGAUGUGCAUACUGCGGCUGGAAUCGUGGCUUUGACGGGCAGAGGCUAUCAACUGCGUGACCACAUGAUACGGUUGGGUGGCUGCACUGCGAACGAACCAAUGAACCAACGAACGCCCGAAAACGUUCAUGGCUACAGCAUCGCGGCACCGUGAACGAACGAUUGCUCUUCCAAACAUCCAACCCAAAAACGUUCAUCGCGACAACAUCAGACGCGUAACCAGCUAUAGAGCCAGAGACGAUCGAACACGAUAUCACGUAGGCGCCCCAAAUGAUGCGUAGUCGCUAAGUACGACGAAAUACGGGGGGGCAGCCGUGCCAACACAAGUUCAAUCCGAGAUCAUAAAGUAGGGGCAAGUGUGCAUAGAGCAAUGUACCCGCGGAUCGAAUCGCACCUCUUCACUUGCCGCCAGCAUUAUAGUCCUCCGCAUCGUUACAUUAGUCGAGCAAGUGGCAGGACAAGGGCAUGUGGGUUAUUUUGCCCCAACGUUCGCUCGAAAUCCCCUACGACUCGAGCUGCCGUUGUUGUACCGUAUUCUUCCCAAAGCAAUCUCUUCCGGGCGAACCGCUCAAUCGAUUCCAUACGAUACGGUACGGUAGCUAAUAGCUGGUCACAUGCAUAAUCCCGCGGAAGGAUGCAUGCAUUCAAAUAAUUGGAACCCCAACCAAACUCUCUCUACCUAUUUAGCACGUGCUAGCGUGCAGCUGCCCUUAUUUAGGAACACUCGCAAUCGGCAAAAUAAUAACAGGACGAACCGUCCACCUUUUCGCAGUCCAAACAAACUCGUUUGUGCCCUGCCAAGCACAACUGAAGUGGCAAGUUGCCCGUAAUAUUGUUCCUGUGCAAUUCGAGAUCACUGAUUCCUUUCAAUCCUUCCCCCCACUCGACCGGAAUGGUACCGGUCAGUCGAUUGUCACUCAGGUCCAGUUUCUGCAUAGAGCUCAUGUCUCCCCAUUCGUUUGGUAAUGCACCAAAGAGUCGAUUGUGUUGGAGAAAAAGGAGCUGCAGAUUGGACAAUUCCGCCCACUCGGCUGGAAGUGCCCAGCCUAGUUGGUUGUUGGAUAGAUCCAGCUCGACCAGAUUCUCCAAAUUCCCAAUCUCUGCCGGCAGUGUUCCGGCCAAGCCAGAAUUGGAAAAAUCGAUGGACUGGAGAAGGGAAAGUGCACCCAGUAUGGUUGGAAGGAAGGAAUUUGUCAUAUUGGACCCUGUGAAAUCCAAUACUGCCAGAUUGG